GAUAACAGUGGAAACAGGGCAGGGUCCAACAUUGUCAGACAGAGCAGACGUCGGGAAAUGAUUUCACAACUUGUUUUUGUUUUUUAUGCCGUUCAUCCACUCAGAGACUUUUAGACGCGGUCACCACUCGAACAUUUAGGGGUUGUUUUUUUUUUCCAAAAAGGAAGACAUUUUCUUCGUCUCUUCCUUGCCUUUUUUAAAACCCAGUGGAACGCAGGAGGAGUUCCGCGGAGAAUCCCCGUGAAGUUUGGAGAAACUAUGCGAGCGCGUGGUGGGGAAAGUGUGCGCGUGAAAUGUUCCGGAUUCUCACCUCGCGCGAGUCAGCGUUUAGGUCGUGACUUCUAGAGCGCCGCUGCCUACGACAGCGCGUGCUCGUAAUUUAUAUAUUUCCCUGCACUUUUUAUUUCCAAAAAUCGGGCAAAAAAAAAAAAAAAUCAUGCGUUGUUUUUAGUUAAAAAAAACAACAACAAAAUGCAUGAUUUUCCUCCACGGAGGAUGCCGGAGCGCGAGUACAAGACUUUAAAGCACGCACGUCUGCACGGGAUUUAAAAGUGUGAAGGAAAAGAUGAUGAACUCGGAUCGGGAGGUUCUGUGUCUCCCAGAGCUACAAUGCACGGACAGUGCGCGCCGAGGAAGCGCCUCGUGCCUUCACACAGGCAGAGAGUCGUGCGGGUUCGGAGACAGCGCCUCGAUGCCCGCGGCUGGCGAUUUCUGGAACGUGCCCGCGGUUGUGAGCAGCGUCAGCGCGGGGAGUGUGAGCUGCCAGGAUGGAGCUAGUAGCAGCGGUUGUGUCGGUGGACCGUCGAGCGCUGGCGACUGCAAGAGCCGAGCCGCGAGUGUUACAUACGUGCUGAACUCGGAGUCGGGCCCGGCGGAGAGCGCGGCCCUGCAGUGCCUAAAAGAUGCGUGCGACGCCGCGGCUUGCCGGCUUGACGUGGUCCACUUCGGUAAACUGGACUUCGGUGAGACGGCGGUGCUUGACCAGUUCUACAACGCAGAUGUCGCCGUGGUGGAAAUGACGGACGCUUUCCGACAGCCAUCUCUCUUCUAUCACCUGGGCGUGAGGGAGAGUUUCAGCAUGGCCAACAACAUCAUCCUGUAUUGUGACUCCAACUCGGACUCGCUGCAGAACCUCCAGGAGGUUGUGUGCCAGAAAAACACUUCAUGUGCAGCGAACUACCUGUUUAUUCCGUACAUAGUGACUCCUCAGAAUAAGGUGUACUGCUGCGAGAGCAGCCUCAUGAAAGGCCUCAGUGAGCUGAUGCAGCCCAGUUUCGAGGCUCUGCUCGGUCCCAUCUGCAUGCCUCUGGUGGAUCGCUUGACCCAGCUUCUCACCAGCACACAGACCAGCUCCUGCCAGUACUUCCGGGAGACCAUUCUGAACGAAAUCCGCAAAGCGCGGGAGCUGUACACGGGGGUGGAGCUUGCAGCAGAGUUGGGGCGGAUCCAGCAGCGAUUGGACAACGUGGAGUGUCUGUCAGCUGACAUCGUGAUCAACCUGCUCUUAUCCUACAGAGACAUACAGGAUUAUGAAUCCAUUGUGAAGCUGGUUGAGACUCUAGAGAAGCUUCCAACGUUUGACCCCUUUGCCAACCCUCAUGUGAAAUUCCACUAUGCCUUCGCUCUCAACAGGAGAAACCAGCCUGGAGACAGACAGCGAGCUCUGGACAUCAUGCUUCCCCUGGUGGAGUCUGAAGAGCAGGUGGCCUCGGACAUUUACUGCUUGGUUGGACGCAUCUAUAAAGACAUGUUCCAGGACUCGCACUUCACUGACACACAAAGCCGAGACAGCAGCAUACACUGGUUCAGGAGAGGGUUCGAAUCAGAGCCCACGCUGCACUCGGGUAUAAACUACGCCGUGCUUUUGCUGGCAGCUGGUCAACAGUUUGACUCUUCUUUCGAGCUUCGUAAAGUGGGUGUUAAGUUAAGCAGUCUCCUGGGAAAGAAGGGCAGUCUGGAUAAGCUACAGAGUUACUGGGAUGUGGGCUUUUUCCUGGGUGCAAGCAUUCUAGCCUGCGACAACACCCGGGUUUUACACGCCUCCGAGAAGCUCUUCAAACUUAAAGCCCCUGUCUGGUAUCUCUGCUCACUAGUUGAGACCAUUCUAAUCUAUCAGCACUUUAAGAAACCAUCAACUGAGCCGCCAGGACCUAAACAGGAACUAGUGGAUUUUUGGAUGGACUUCCUGGUAGAGGCGACGAAAAAGGAUGUAUCAUCUGUCCGCUUCCCUGUUUUGAUUCUGGAGCCCACUAAAGUCUACCAGCCGUCUUACCUGUCUAUCAACAAUGACGUGGAACAGAACACACUCUCCAUCUGGCACGUGGCUCCUGAUGAUAAAAAUAAGGGGAUCCAUGAGUGGAAUUUCAGUGCAGCGUCAGUGCGAGGCGUGAGCAUUUCCAAGUUUGAUGAACGCAGCUCUUUCCUCUAUGUAUUGAACAACUCCGAAGACUUCCAGAUAUACUUCUGCACCGAGAUACACUGCAAAAGGUUCUGUGAGCUGGUGAACAGUCUGACUGAAGAAACCUGGAAAGGUCCAGAUGAGACAGAGUGUGACUCUGAAACUUUAGAGUAUGACUACGAAUACGAUGAGCGUGGAGAGAGGGUGAUUCUGGGUAAAGGCACGUUUGGCAUCGUCUAUGCAGGUCGUGACCUCAGUAACCAGGUGCGACUGGCCAUCAAGGAGAUUCCUGAGCGGGACAGCAGGUACUCCCAGCCUCUGCAUGAGGAGAUUGCCCUACACAAACACCUGAAACACAAAAACAUCGUGCAGUAUUUGGGCUCCAUCAGUGAAAACGGCUUCAUCAAGAUUUUUAUGGAGCAGGUACCAGGAGGCAGUCUCUCAGCACUGCUGCGAUCCAAAUGGGGUCCGCUGAAGAACAACGAGCCGACCAUCGGCUUCUACACCAAACAGAUCCUGGAGGGGCUCAAAUACUUACACGAUAACCAGAUCGCUCACCGAGACAUCAAGGGAGACAACGUCCUGAUAAACACCUACAGUGGAGUUCUGAAGAUCUCUGAUUUUGGGACAUCAAAGCGCCUGGCUGGCAUCAACCCCUGCACCGAGACCUUCACUGGAACAUUACAGUACAUGGCUCCUGAAAUUAUAGACAAAGGACCUCGUGGUUAUGGGAAGCCAGCGGAUAUCUGGUCACUGGGCUGUACCAUUAUAGAGAUGGCCACAGGGAAACCACCGUUUUAUGAGCUGGGAGAACCACAAGCGGCCAUGUUUAAGGUGGGAUAUUUUAAGAUCCAUCCAGAAAUUCCAGACACCAUGUCGGCUGAGGCCAAGGCGUUCAUCUUGCGCUGUUUCGAGCCGGACCCGGACCUGCGCGCUACAGCCAACGAGCUGCUCAUGCACGACUUUCUGACCGUCACGUCUCGCAAGAAAAAAGCCAAGGGGAACAACUUCACAGCUUUAACUCCAGCAACUGAAUAUGUGCGCAGUAUUUCGCUGCCUGUUCCGGUGGUGGUUGAGGACACAAGCAGCAGCAGCGAAUACGGCUCCGUCUCUCCAGACAACGAACUGAGCACCAACCCCUUCAACUUCAAGCCCAGUGUCAAGUGCCUUAGUGAGAGAGAGGUCAAAGGUCAUCGCUCGCUCUUCCUCAGCAUCCCGGUGGAGCAGUUUGAGGACCACAGCGCCCCACCGUCUCCAGAGGAGAAGGACCCUGGCUUCUUUAUGCUGAGAAAGGACAGCGAGCGCAGGGCCACGCUGCACCGGAUCCUUACUGAGGACAGAAACAAGAUAGUCACUAACCUGCAGGAAACGCUCACACAGGGUGCAGAGGAGACCAAGCUAAAGCAGGAGCACAUUUACACUCUGGUGGCCAGCCUGGGGGAUUUUGUCCGAGUGGCUGACCGAAAGAUCAUCGCCAACACGCUGUCGCAGCUGAAACUGGAGCUGGACUUCGACAGCGUCGCCAUCAGCCAGCUGCAGGUGGUGCUGUUCGGGUUCCAGGACGCGAUGAACAAAGUGCUGCGGAAUCACAAUAUCAAACCUCACUGGAUGUUCGCUCUGGAUAACAUCGUCCGGAAAGCCGUACAGACCGCCAUCACCAUCCUGGUGCCGGAGCUCAGACCACACUUCAGCUUAGCGUCUGAAAGUGACCAUGCCGACCAGGAAGAAGUCGAUGAGGAUGCCAUCCCUCGUGGAAGCCUCACCAACAAAAACCGAAGCCCGACCAUCGCCAACCACGAUGACACGGUGGCCACAUCUGGAGUGAGCACGCUCAGUUCAACCGUCUCAGAGUCUCAAACCGCGCAGCGUUCCAUUAGCAUGGAGCUCAGCCGCAUGAAGCUUGAGACCAGCAGGUUGUUGGAGGAGUUGAUGGAGAAGGAACGAGAGUAUCAGUGUAUCCUACAUCAGGUUUUGGAAGAGAGGGAGAGAGAGAUUAAACUACUGAAAAGUCGCUCUGAGCCUAUUGAUGUUACGACUCCCUCAGUGAAUACUCCGAGUUCAUUGGGAAGUGAGGGUGACCCUGAGCUGCUCAAAUGGCUCAGGCUCCAUGGAGCUGAUGUAGACUCUAUAGACCGGAUCGUAGCGGAGGACUACACUCUGGACGAUAUCCUUCACUGUGUCACCAGGGAUGACCUGAAAAGUCUGAGAUUAAAGGGUGGAAUCCUGUGUAAGCUUUGGAAAUCUAUUACAGAAUACAGAGAGAACCCCGGCUGAGACGGCCAGCUUGCUGUCUCUUCUACUUUUGGCGUAAUUCUGGUGUGUUUACAGACCAAAAAAAAAACCAACAACCCUGAGAACCUGCUCCAGACCUGCACCACACAGACGCAUCACGACUCCGGCACGAGCUCCGUGUCCUGACCUGUAGAAUAAAUCUGCUCCAUCUGGAUGUUUUACUCUGCUCUGUUAUGUGAUAUCCAGUUCGACAGAGCUUUAAUACUCGGCCAUUUUGCGUGUGGCCCAAUCUGGGAUGGAGUUGUUACUCAUGGCAGGCAGGACACACACUUUUAUACUGAGGUUUUAAUAUCAGCUUGUACCAGAACAUUUUGAGGGGUCAUGUACAGCGUAUUUACCUUCUUUCACUAUUUAACAUGUCAGAAGGCUGUGGAGAGAAUGAACGGCUGAGGCUAGAGUACACAGGUUGGAGAUUCGCUUGUUCGUGUUUACAAACUGAGACUGAUCAUUUGUCCUGAAAGACAGACAGCAUCCUUCAGUCAGAAUUUCCAUACUUCUUACCUUAAGUUAACUUGGGCUUAAACAUUUACCUAGCUUUUCAAUCUUAACACUAUAUAUUUUUAUUAUUAUUGUGGUGUAUUAUGAAUUUUUGUUUUUACGUUCCGUUACAUUGUGUAGUGUAAAUACACUAGGUUUUUGACGUAUAAAGCCACUUGUUCGAGCUUUCGUACUGGGUCCUGUGUUUUAGCACAACAAAACGUGUCGCAUAUUUGAGUUAACCGCCAUAAAUAUAUACCGUUUUUCCCCUAAUAUAAUCCUUAACAUUCUUUCCAACUGUACUGUAACGGAACAAAGCUUGAAGAUGUUCUCAAAGCCAGAUUUCUGUAACAAGUGAAAUGUAGGAUGAUGUUUUUUUUUCUAUUUCUUACCACAUACCUCCAACCCAAUAUACAUAAACAUGUAGGAAUCCUGACUUUAUAGAGCUUUAGCCCAGUCUCAAUGCUUAACGUUCAUAUUUUGACCAUUUUCAUUCAGCACAGCUUGUUCUGUAUUUGAUAUUUAAUGUCAUUUAUUUAAUGAGGAUUAAAUAAUGAGAUGAUUUGUGUAUUGUUACAUGACAAUCCUGAGAAUUAACUGUGAAAUUAAAGUGGGACCUGAAAAUCA